CGGCGCAGGCGGCGGCGGAGCGCGGGGCGCUAGCGGCCGGUCCAGCUGCCGCCGACUAUGCCCGAGCCCACCUCCGGGCAGCCGCCGCGCGCCGCCCGGCCCCCGGCUGGGGACGAUGCCAGACGCCCGGGAGAGGCCAGGGCAGCGGCAGCGGCGCGAUGGUAGUGACAAGCUCUGCCCGAGGCGGCGGCGGGGACCGCGCGCCCUCCAGGCGGCGGGGCUGCGGACUCUCGGCGACCGGGGCCGCGGCGCUGCUGGCCGGGGCGAGCUGCCUGUGCUACGGCCGCUCCCUGCAGGGCGAGUUCGUGCACGACGACGUGUGGGCGAUCGUCAACAACCCCGACGUGCGGCCCGGCGCCCCGCUGCGCUGGGGCAUCUUCUCCAACGACUUCUGGGGCAAGGGCAUGGCGGAGAACACCAGCCACAAGUCCUACCGGCCGCUCUGCGUCCUCACCUUCAAGCUAAACAUCUUUUUGACUGGCAUGAACCCAUUCUACUUUCAUGCAGUAAAUGUCAUUUUACACUGCCUAGUGACCCUUGUGCUGAUGUACACCUGUGACAAAACUGUCUUCAAGAAUCGUGGACUUGCUUUCCUUACAGCAUUGCUUUUUGCUGUGCAUCCUGUUCACACAGAGGCGGUGGCCGGAAUUGUUGGCAGAGCUGACGUGUUGGCAUGCUUGCUGUUUCUGUUAGCCUUUCUCUCCUACAGUAGGAGUGUGGACCAGUGCUGUGUUGGGGAAUGUGUCCCUCCCACGGCUUCUCCCUUCUUCCUGCUGCUCAGUCUGUUUCUGGGGACCUGCGCGAUGCUGGUGAAAGAGACAGGCAUCACGGUGUUCGGCGUGUGCUUGGUUUAUGAUCUCUUUUCUUUAUCCCACAAUCAUGAUAAAUCGAGCAAUGGGGUCGUCCAUCAGCGCAGCCCACAGCGGCCCGGGAGCUCCCUGCCCACCGCACCGCCAGCACACCCUCUCCGGGAGAAUGGGAAGCAGCAGCGGUUCCCUCACAAAGGAGCUUGGGGUGGCUGCCACACUCCAUUGCCGCCUGAACCCAAGAGCAGCGGAUUCCCUGUGCCUCCUCGAGCUGUGUGGUCCUUGAUGAGGUAUCUGACAGCAAGCAGCAAUAGAAAUUUCUUGCUUACCAUGAGGCCAUUCUUAAAAAGGGCCAUUUUGGUCAUAAUUUAUGUGAUUGUUGUUCUGUACUUCCGUCUGUGGAUAAUGGGAGGAUCUAUGCCCCUCUUUUCAGAGCAGGAUAAUCCAGCUUCAUUUUCACCUUACAUUCUUACAAGAUUCCUUACCUAUUCCUACCUCUUGGCCUUCAACGUGUGGCUUCUGCUUGCACCUGUUACCCUGUGCUAUGACUGGCAGGUGGGCAGUAUUCCUCUGGUAGAGACCAUAUGGGACACGCGGAACUUAGCCACCGUCCUUCUGGCAGUUGUGAUGGCCUUACUGAGCCUUCAUUGUUUAGCAGCCUUCAAGAGACUGGAGCACAGGGAAGUUUUGGUGGGCUUGUUGUUCCUGGUUUUCCCGUUCAUCCCAGCCAGCAACCUCUUCUUCAGGGUGGGUUUCGUGGUGGCCGAGAGAGUCCUAUACAUGCCUAGCAUGGGCUACUGCAUCCUUUUCGUGCACGGAAUGAGCAAGCUGUGCACGUGGCUGCAUCGCUGUGGGGCUGCCACCCUGAGCGUGUCCACUGUGCUGCUGCUGCUGCUCUUCUCCUGGAAAACCAUGAAACAGAAUGAAAUUUGGCUGUCGAGAGAGUCCCUAUUCAGGUCUGGAGUUCAGACUCUGCCCCACAAUGCCAAGGUUCACUACAACUACGCCAAUUUCCUGAAGGACCAGGGUCGGAACAGGGAAGCCAUCUACCACUACAGAACGGCCCUCAAGUUGUAUCCGCGCCAUGCAAGUGCCCUGAACAACCUUGGAACACUGACCAGAGACACAGCAGAGGCAAAGAUGUACUAUCAGAGGGCUCUCCAGCUAAAUCCACAGCACAACCGGGCUCUUUUCAAUCUUGGGAAUCUCCUUAGGUCUCAGGAGAAAAAGGAAGAGGCUAUCACCUUACUGAAAGAUUCCAUUAAAUAUGGUCCCGAGUUUGCAGAUGCAUAUUCAAGCUUAGCUUCAUUACUGGCUGAGCAGGAGAGGUUUAAGGAAGCUGAGGAAAUAUACCAGGCUGGAAUAAAGAACUGCCCAGAUAGCUCAGACUUACACAACAACUAUGGAGUUUUCCUAGUUGAUACUGGCUCUCCAGAGAAGGCAGUGGCCCAUUACCAACAGGCCAUCAACCUUAGCCCAAGCCAUCAUGUGGCCAUGGUGAACCUGGGGAGACUCUACAGGUCACUGGGAGACAACAGCGUGGCUGAAGAAUGGUACAAACGCGCCUUGCAGGUGGCACGCAAAGCUGAGAUAUUAUCACCGUUGGGAGCUCUAUAUUACAACACUGGCAGAUAUGAAGAGGCUUUGCAGAUUUACCGAGAAGCUGUGUCCCUUCAGCCUUCCCAAAGGGAACUCCGCCUGGCACUGGCUCAGGUUUUGGCCGUGAUGGGUCAGACAAAAGAAGCUGAAAAGGUGACCAAUCACAUUGUGUCAGAGGAGACUGGGUGCCUUGAAUGCUAUCGCCUGUUGUCUGCCAUCCACAGCAAGCAGGAGCAGCACGACAAGGCACUUGAUGCUAUAGACAAGGCUCUGAAGCUGAAACCAAAGGACCCAAAAGUUGUAUCUGAACUUUUUUUCACAAAAGGAAAUCAACUAAGAGAGCAGAACCUUCUUGACAAAGCUUUUGAGAGCUAUAAAGUGGCCGUGGAAUUAAAUCCAGAUCAAGCACAGGCCUGGAUGAACAUGGGUGGAAUCCAGCACAUCAAGGGAAACUACGUGUCUGCAAGAGCUUAUUAUGAGAGAGCCUUACAGCUCGUUCCAGACAGCAAACUGCUGCAGGAAAAUCUUGCCAAAUUGGAUCGUCUAGAAAAAAGAUUACAAGAAGUUCGAGAAAAGGAUCAAACGUAGCAGCAUUUGACCAAGUCUCCAAGGGACAGUACUGGUGCCUUUGGAAGAGGAAGAACUGACAGACGGAAGCCUUGCUUUCACAUCAGUUGGGGCACAACCGAUGAAGUUUUCCUCUUACUCGAGUUCAGGGUGGCACAUUUUGGGACACCUGCUGGUAACCCUGUGCUGGGGACUUGCAUUUCCAUGAAAGAAGACAAAAAGAGCAAGGAAGGGCUAGAAGGCCUGAAGGAAGGAAAACAGCAACUACACAUUUUACAGAUUUUUGUUUGCUUUAAUUCCAGAUUUCCUUUCAUAUGUUUGUCUGCUUUUCCAACCUGGAAAUCUAAGUCCAUUUCUUAGUGUAGAUAUUUGUGUCUCAGAAAUAGAGGCUUGAAAUGCUAUGAAUGCAUGGCAUCUCUUCUUUAUGAGAGGAGAUAUUUCAGAGAGGAUAAAUCCUCUGGGAUAAACCAUUUGGGAAAUUCUACCAAGAGGUAACUCAUUUAAUUCUCCAGAACCAGAAAUGAGUAUCUAACAGUUUUUGUAAAACCUUCUGGAAUAUAUGGGGAAAGGGGCUAUUGUAAGAUAAAGCUAAGUAAGGUUUGUCUAAUAUCCUUCUGAGGAUAGUGCUAGAGCCCUAUUGAGAAGUAAAUUAAAUUCCACUCUGAUACAAGCUGUUUCCCCAUUGCCUAAUAUGUCGAAAAGGAAGCUUCUGGAAUUGUGUAUGAGUAUUCUUAUUCCUAGGGAAAAAUCAAGGGUCUUGCUACCCCUGACUCUUCAUGGAAAUGUUUUAAAUUAAUUUUAUUACAGGUAUUACUAGAGUAGUGGUUCUGCUCUAAGAUUUCAUAAGUGCUUUUAAAACUCAUAAAUGUUUCUGCCUCCAGAUAUAUUGUUAUUUUGGUGGAGAAAAAAAUAGUAUAUUCUACAUGAGAAAUAUUAAAGAUAUUAAUUGAGAGAAAUGUUCUACUUUAUUAUCUUAACAUUCAGACGUUCUGAGAUUAUUUUUUGAAAAUAUAUUUAACCACUGAGGAAUCUUUAUGGUAUAUUACAGAAAUCUUCAUAGACUCUAAAUAGAUGGACAGCUCUAUUCAUUUGUCUUCCUAGGCUUAAUCAGAAUUCUGUGCUUAGAACAUGAAUGAUAGAACCUGCAGUUCCUGGUUCUGUAUUUGUAAUUUUGGAGAUUUCAUGGAGAAUGCUCAAAAAAUCUAGGAAGAAAAGUCUAAAUUCAUAAUUUUAAAAUAUAUAUUUAUAGUUAAAAGAU